AUGGCCUACAAUGCGCAGCAAAAUAAGAGACUUCGUAGCAAGGGUAGCUCGCUAGAAAUGGCACAGUUUAUCGACGCUGGAGCGAACAAGAUCAAGAAGAGAAUAAGAGAUUUGGAGAGGCUACUUUCAAGGAAAAGAGAUUCCUUGCCAGAUACGAUUAUUGUUGAGAAGGAGAGAACAUUGGAAGCACUAAAAUUCGAGCUUGAAAACGCCAAGUUGAAGAGCAAGGUAAAGGACAAUGCAAAGAAAUAUCAUAUGGUCCGCUUUUUUGAGAGAAAGAAGGCUCUAAGGAAAUAUAAGAAAGCUUUAAAAGCAGUUGAGGAGCUUAAGGAAAAUGAGAAAUCCAAAGACGCUCUUUUGCAAAGCAAAAUUGAUCUUUGUUAUGUCGUAAACUUCCCAAAGACCGAAAAAUACAUUGCUCUAUAUCCUACAGGCGAAGAACUAUCAGAUAAAAGUGGUCUAGAAAAGACUGAACUACGGAAAAAAGCAUUCAGGGAUCUAAUCGCUAAGCAGCUGGAAGAAGGAACCUUGCCAGUAUCCUUAGAGGCCAUUUUAAGCGGUAAGAGACUUGACAAAGAAGGGUCCGGUGUAUCACUUGUAGAAUCAAAUGUUGAGAAGAAAGAGCAAUCUCCUGAUGAAAAGCAUGAAGAGGAGGAAGAGGAUGAAUUCUUUGAAUAG